AUGGCGUUUGACCAUCUCGAGAGUCCCGCUGGUACUGAGUUUAACUCCCGGUGCCAGCGCACCCUGAGUUUAACUCAGGAAUAUAAGGACGGUGAAGAUUCGGACAGUGUUGAGAGUGACUCCAGUGUACAGAGUGCCAAUUCGUCUACUAGUAGCAACUCUGACAUCAGUGACAGCAUAAGCACAAAGUUGUCUGAUAUUAGCGAUGUAUGUACCCCUGUAUCCGCCGGAUACGCCUUCUACGAUCGUGAUGCUUUGAAGCCAGUAAAGAGCAAGUCUGUUAAGGACCUGGAAUGUGAGGAGACCCUUAAACGUCUACACAGUCUUGCUGUAGGAGACAUUAUAUACUUCAGGCGUUCUGUUCUUGCUGCAUGUUUAGGGUUGGACCCUCAGGAUCAUGACGGAUACAUGGAAGGCAAAGUCACAUGUUUCUCAUAUUGUAUAUCACGUCGCUAUGUCGUGGUCACUGUAGAGGGUUGUGGUUGCCUCAGGUUCACUUUUGGCGAUCUUUACAACAUGUCUAUAGACCGCAACCUACAUUUGCAACGUCUGCAACACCCAAGUGUUCUAGCUAGGGCUUUACGCCACAAACGCCAACGUUACGAUUAUGAUGAUGACUACCCUACUCGACGUUCGUGGAGCAGUCAAUUGUGUACUGAGGAUUCUGAUAAUUUCUCAAGCUAUGAUGGUUUCUGUGGGUCGCCGUAUUCAGAUUCGGUCGAUUCACCGUCGUAUUCCUUCGUUGAUCGACAAGACGUUAGCACGCGACCGAUACCGCCAGGUGCUGACAUGUUUUGCAAAUGCCGCUUUGUAAAUAGGUUGGAAUUCACGCGCUUGUUACGGGAGAUUAUAUAUGAAGAUGAAGACAGCUUCAAUGACAAAACUGCAGAGAUGCAAGAGUUACGUUUGAUCCUGACCCAGAAUGUGCGACCUUAUGAGCUCGAGAUAAUAGCAUAUCUCCUUGGCGAGGAUCCGUGGAAUUAUUCUGCAAACCCAUACGAUAGGCCAAAUUCUGAACAGAUCAACGAUAUAAUAGAGCAGUAUGCUGCUGCAGUACUCAGCCCAGAGUACGUUGCGCUCUAUGAGCAGUGGCAAACAUGCCAGCGAACGUUCAAGAGCGACUCUAAGAUGGCAGAGUUUAUGUCUGAUGAGUUCAGUAUUAAAGCCCUAUAA